AUAUUUUUCUUUGCUUUUAAAGUUUACUUGAAAUGAAGAAAGCUAAUGUAUACUCGCGAUAUAGGCCUAGUGUUCGUAUUGGCAAUUGGUUCGAAGACAUUUGCCUUGAAGAGGAUGAAAUCAAGGCAUUUCUUCGUAAGCGUCAAAAAACUGAGCUACUUAUUCAAAAAACUCGUUUAUUGUUUGUAAAUUUUCAUGCUAAAGUCGAAUUGGAUGCACUCUCUGAUCACAUUCAGUUUGGAGCUGUGGUUCAAAUUUUAUCAUGCAUUAAUAUUUGUCCUGACAAUUCAAGUUUAAAAUCUGCGUUAUCGGUUAUUAUCAAUGAACAGGUGGUACGAAAAAGUCUUCGAAUCAAUGAAAUAUGUGAAUUGACAGUUGCGCCAUCUGUACAACCUUGUGCCAGGAAUUCAUUUAAAAUUAUAAGCGGAGACAGUAAAAAUCGGGAUGGUGAACCUCUAAGGUUUGGUCAAAAUUUUUGUUUGCAGUGCGCUGAUGCAGAGGAACAGCCACUUCUACUUAUCAGUAUGCAAAAAUCAGCUGAUUUAGCUACCAUGAUUCAACCAUCUUUUGAUUCUCGAAAACGCGGUGAAAUCAAUUUACCAGUUGCGUUGUGCUUGGAAAAGAAUAUUGGUCCAGGGAAGAGCAUUCCUUCUGCAUAUGCUAGAUGGCGUUGUUAUCACGCAGAUCCAAAAAUGCGAUUUGAAACAGAUGGUGCACCUAUUCCACCCAAUACUCCUCUUGUUAUAACACAUUUUGCAACGAAUCGAAAUUUGGCAACGGAAAAUAUUAUAAUUCAAACUCUUUUUGGACCGGUUUGAACUUCUUGUUUCCGUUCAAAAUUACAUCGAUAUUUUUAGAAAAGAGAGCCCUAAGAACCUUUGGAUUAUAUCAGUUGGUAAUGAGAACAAAUCUGAAAAUUCAACUGAAAAAUAAUUAAUAAUAAUUGUUUUGCAAUUUACAUCAAAAAAAUACUAAACAUGGAAAAUUA